AUGGUCACAGAAUCAUGGUUUCGCAGUCUGUGGAGAACUUCGAGGAAGCAUGGUUUUGAUUCCAGAAAUGCACGGAUUGGGGCUUUGGCUUUUGAAGCAGCAAGCUUGAUGUCUAAACUGCUUCACCUAUGGCAGUCGCUUACUGAUAAGCAAGUUGCUAGACUAAGGGAGGAGAUAACGAAUUCAGUGGGAAUUAAAAAGCUUGUGUCGGAGGAUGAUGAGCGCAUUGUGAGGUUGAUAUGUAUAGAGAUUAUGGAGAACUUAGGACAAGUGGCACGAGCUGUGGUGAGGCUGUCCAAGCAGUGUAGCGAUCCUCUGUUAAGGGGUUUCGAGCAAGCCUAUAAUGAUUUGAUAAAGAUUGGUGCUGACACAUAUGGUUGGCAAUUCACGUGGAAUAAAAUGGACAAGAAAGCUAAGAAGAUGGAGCGGUUGAUCAGCACGAAUGCAAAUUUAUUUCAAGAAAUGGACACACUUGCGGAUCUUGAGCAGACUGUGAAGAGAAUGAAGGGUAACGAUGAUGUGGAUAGCAUUAGUUUGGUUGAAUAUGAAAAGAAGGUUGUGUGGAAGAAGCAGGAAUUGAAGCAUCUAAAGGAGAAUUCUCUUUGGACUCAGAGUUAUGAUUACACAAUUCAUCUUUUAGCUAGAUCUGUAUUUACUAUAUAUGGUAGGCUUGGACAUGUUUUUGGAAUCAAUCAUGUGGCAGAUGUGGGGGUCACAGAUUCUGGAGUUUCGGAUUCUAAUUAUAGUCAUCGCAGCCAGUCAAUUCUCUUCACGCAAUCAUCAGUUCAUCCUUCCGAAAAUAGCUUCCCUAGGUAUUUAUCGGGUUCAUUAGGAAGCACGAAUUCUAUGUCUGGCCCAAUCCCGAGAGCAAACAAUGUUAGCAAUUUUCACUCGGGCCCUCUUGGAAAUGGAAAUUCAAUUACAGCAUCAGGCCCCAUCUCUGGAAGACGUAGUGCUGGUAGCUUUUAUUCUGGUCCUCUUGUUAGGUCAACAGAAAAAUCUGCCCCGUUACCCAAAGCAACCAAAAGCUCGAGGUUUUGGCAGUUCCGUGAUAAAUCUUCGAAUUCAAAACAGAAAAUCUCACAUUCAAAACCAAAUAGAUUAACCGUAUCAGGACCUUUAACUGGAUGCAUGAUUGGUGGCAUUAAUGUUCGAGUUCCUGACGUGACUAAGGAUGUCAAUACAGAACUACAUCCUCCUGGAAACUCCACUCAUGGGAAUCUAUCAGUCGGUUCUAAGAACCGGCUGUUGAAUGCCCCACCUGAAACUCUUGGAGCAGCCGCCUUAGCACUGCACUAUGCAAAUAUUAUCAUUUUAAUUGAGAAAUUGGUGGCAUCUCCUCAUUUGAUUGGUAAUGAAGCAAGAAGUGACCUUUACAACAUGUUGCCUGCUAGCAUCAGGGCGGGUCUCAGGGUUAAACUAAAGCCAUUUACUAAGAGUCUGUCUUCGUCUUUAUAUAAUACAGCUCUUGCUGGAGAAUGGAAUCAGGCGAUGUCGGAUAUACUAGAUUGGUUAGCUCCACUUGCUCAUAACAUGAUAAGAUGGCAGUCAGAACGGAGCUUUGAGCACCAUAACUUAGUUUCUCGAACAAAUGUGCUUCUUGUACAAACCCUCUACUUUGCAAAUCAGGAAAAGACAGAAAAAUUGAUUAUUGAGCUACUUCUUGGUCUCAAUUAUGUGUGGAGAUUUGGUAGAGAAGUAAAUGCCAGAUCACUGGUGGAGGGUGCCACUGGUUGA